CACGAGUAAACCUUCUCCAAACCUGACAACUUUGUCCUGUGCGGGGGAUUUACGAUAUAGGCACAGGAUCAGACGGGCGUGCCAUCACUGCCAUCACUGUCAGCACUGCUACGAUAUCUGUCAUCAUAUGAUCUUCCUCGUUCCAAUAUCCGAUUGGACGCGGGAAGGGGCAUCGGGUUUUAUUUAUUAUGGACGACAGUCUGUGGCUACACUACACCUCUUAUUCCUGUUCUUACCCCUCCAUCCUGCCAUGGCUACAAGUCGCCUCCAGGGACGCUCCCGGACUAGUGCCCGAGAGGACGACGAUCACGAUGAUGUGGUCGUUGUUCCAAAGACCGCUAGUGUGACGCCGUUGGCUGUAAGUAUUCCUUCGACACCGCCCCGCAAGAGUCAAGUACUCGGGCUGCUAACGCCUCUCGCGACCCCAGACUCUCGGCCACAACCCAACUCCUUUGAACCUCGUUUCACCUCUCCACCUUCCACCCCUGUCCAACGUCCAAACGUCCCGAAGGACACGAAGCCCCUGCCAUGUCCAGGAAACCCAUCUGAACGGUCUAACAAUCAGUCAACUAUCAUUCCUUCCCUCCCUCCAGCAGGGCUUUUGACGCCCGACAAUACUCCUCCACGCCUUAGUAAACCCAGAUUCGUACCUGUCCGUCAUAAGGAGGAGACAGCAGACAAGUCGGAGUCGACCCUCUCUCUAGAAACUACAUCGGCUGUGGUGGAGUUCUCGGAAAUCUCUGGACAUCACACGGAAGACAUUCAGUAUGCCAGAAAAUCGAAAGUUAAGAUACAAUGCAAUGGCAUUAUCACAGGGGGGGCACGCCAGUGCUACAUAAUGGUCAAUGCCUCUGAGCGUUAUUGCAAAUACCAUGUUGCCCAGGGCACUCCUUCUAUUCCACCAGCAAAUGUGAAGGAUCCACAACGCCGUCAAUCCGAGGAUACCACUGCGAAGCCAACGACAGUCAAACCUCCGGCUCAACACUGUCGCCAGCAUCGAUUACAAAGUGAUAACACCCCUGCUAAACCCACCACCCCUGCUAACCCCACUACCCUUGCUAAACCUGCCCCUGCUGACCCGACCACUAUCACCACCCCUACUGACGCCGCCACUAUCACCACCCCUGCUGGCCCGACCACUAUCACCACCCCUGCUGACCCGACCACCACCACCACCACCACCACCACCCCUGCUGACCCCACCGUUCGGACAACGGUGCAAUGUAGUGCCACAGCCAAGUCGACAGGACGUCGAUGUCGAAGGCGGGUCCCGAUUACCCCCGGAUCACUCACCAAGGAUCCUUCCCAGCCAAUAUAUUGUGGUUCCCAUAUUCCGACUUCAGAAGGGAUUGCGACACACGUUAAGAUUGUGACAUAUGCUGAUGAGGAUGGGUUCAAAGUUCAGCCAGUUGGGCAGGAAGAGAAAUCUGUCCUCUUUUGUGAUCAUAUACCUAAAUACCUGCAAGAGGAAACUCAGCGAGAACUUCGAACAGCUAUCACAAGAAAUCUCACAAAAACGGUCAGGGAACCAGGCCAUGUAUAUGCGCUGAACGUGUCUGACCUCGGGAUUGAGGGAAAGCUCUCAUUGAAGGUUGGAUACAGCUGUGAUGUCAAGAAACGCCACGCAUCGUGGCAACUGCAAUGUCCAUCAGUUAUAAAAGAUGUUCGCGGGUGGUGGCCUGAGACCAUAAUCGAAAAGAAAGACGAUGACGACAUCUCUAUCCAGAAGCUCAUUGGAAAUAAUCAACAGGGCGACAAGGGUCCGAUGGCUAAACAACUCGAACGGUUGGUGCAUAUUGAGCUCGGUGAUCUGGCAACACAUGCUCCUUAUCUCCAUCCCAAUUUUCCUGACGUCCAAUUUUCGGAUAUCCCACGUCUGCCAAAAGCUGUUCCUAAACCCUGCCGUGACUGUGGGAUCAAACACAAGGAAAUAUUCUCGUUCACGCGCGUCAAGGAAGGAGAAUUCUUUGAGAGAGAAUGGGAAGAUAUUGUCAAACCUGUGAUAAGGAGGUGGGGAUUAUUCCUGUCGGAUUUUUUUGCUCAAGGUGCCAGUGGUGUAUGAGUUUUGUGAAAGACUCUUGCGCUCGAUUUCUCUUUAUUUUUAUUUGCGGAGGGACGCUGUUCGUUUUUCUUGACAUGGACCCGCAAUGCAUGCAACUUUGCUGCAAAUAUAUUGGUGUAUGUCGCGGAUAUUUAUUGGACUUGUACACUGACCUGUUUCUUGGUAUACGUCGCGGAUAUUUAUUGGACUUGUACAGUGACCUGUUUCUUCGUAU